CCCUUUUGAAGCCAUACAGAAUUGAACUUCUAUCACAUAAGUGGAAGUAGCAUAUCAUCUUUGAAGAGUGGAGCAAAGCAAGAGCAAUGUGGGCGGUACAUUCGUCUGAGUGCAAGUGUGCUCCUGCUUUUCAGUUGUGAUCAUCUGCAGUGUCUUUAAAAGAAAAACAAAACCAAGCCAACUCUGUUUUGGGAAAUGUGCUGUGGUUUAAGAAGGAGGUUUUUGCUCCUCUAUGCAACACAAAAGGGGCAGGCAAAAGCCAUAGCUGAGGAAAUAUGGCAGCAGGCAGGUGCCCAUGGAUUUGAAGCUGAUAUGCACUGUAUGAGUGAAAUGGACAAGUAUAACCUGGAAACAGAAAAGGAUCCGGUAGUUAUUGUUAUUUCCACUACUGGUACUGGAGACCCACCAGACACUGCCCGCAAGCUUGUAAAGAAAAUUCAAGACACGACAUUGCCACCUGAUCAUUUCUCACAUCUCCAGUAUGGAUUGCUAGGUCUGGGAGAUUCAGAGUAUACGUUCUUCUGUAAUGGUGGAAAGACGGUAGACCGACGACUUCAAGAACUUGGAGCCUGGCACUUCUAUGACACAGGAUUAGCAGAUGAUUGUGUAGGUUUGGAAUUAGUGGUUGAUCCUUGGAUUGAUGGACUUUGGCAUGCUCUCAAGGAAGUAUUUCUAUUGCAGAAAGAAAGAGAAGGCAUGAACAGUGCUGUUGAUGCCGUUUCAAACUCUCUCUCUGCAGCCCCACAUGUUGGGCGUGAACUAAACUUAAGCUCCGAAGUACAGAACUUAAAGCUAGAAGACGAAGGAGUGAAGAGCUCUGAUGUUUUUUCACAGAAACUGGUUGACAUCAGCCUUGUGGCUUCAAAUAGAGACACUGAAGCUUCACUUGUUCAUUCUGUCCCUCCUAUCUCUGAGUCUGCUCUUAAUAUUCCUGCCUUGUCACCGGAAUAUAUAGAAGUGCAGUUUCAGGACACCCAUGGUGAGAAUCCACGUUUGUCCUCACUCAUUUCAGAGGGAACAGUCUUUGAAGUGCCAGUUACAAAAGCAGUCCAGCUCACUAGAGAAGAUGCAGUAAAAACAGCAUUACUCUUAGAACUUGAUAUUGCAGAUACAGUCCUUGACUACCAACCAGGAGAUGCCUUCUGUGUGAUGUGUCCCAAUAAUGUCAGUGAGGUAGAAGAACUUCUUCGCAUCUUGGAACUUUCUGAAAAAGGAGAGUACUUCGUUUGUGUAAAGGUUAAGCAGGGCACUAAAAAGAAAGGAGCAGCUCGUCCACAGCACAUCCCUGAAAGAAGCACUCUGAAAUUCAUUCUAACCUGGUGUUUGGAAAUAAGGGCAACUCCCAAAAAGGCAUUUUUGCGAGCUCUUGUAGAAUGUACGAGUAAUGUGGGAGAAAAACGGAGGCUUCAAGAGCUUUGCAGCAGACAAGGAGCCUCUGAUUACACACGCUUUAUUAGAGAUCCCAAUGUUUGUUUGCUGGAUUUACUACAUGCUUUUCCAAGCUGCAAGCCUUCGCUUAACCUGUUAAUUGAACAUCUUCCUAAAUUACAAGCCAGAUCUUAUUCAGCAUCAAGUUCAAACUUAUAUCAGCCAGGGAAACUGAGUUUUGUAUUUAGUAUUGUGGAGUUCGCCGCCUGUCCCACUCGACCAGUCUCACGGAAAGGGGUAUGUACAGGGUGGCUUGCGGAGUUAGCUGCACCUCAGCUGCAUGCCAACAGAAACACUGUGGAUACAAAUGGAGGAAGCUGUUCAACUGUAAAGAUACCUAUUUUUGCUCGUCCAAACAAUACUUUCCACUUACCUGCAGACCCAUCUGUCCCACUCAUGAUGGUUGGUCCAGGAACAGGAAUUUCACCAUUUAUUGGUUUCUUACAGCAUAGGCAAAAACUCAGAGAGGAACAUAUGGACUGGGAAUUUGGAGAGACAUGGCUGUUUUUUGGUUGUCGGCAUCAGGACCGAGACUAUUUGUUCAAAGAUGAGCUCAGAUGUUUUCUGGAAAAUGGCACGUUAAAGCAUCUUAAGGUUUGUUUCUCAAGAGACUCUUCUUCAACUGCAGAUGCAGCCCCACCUAAAUAUGUGCAAGAUGUCAUCAGGCUUCAUGCUAAGGAAGUUGCCAGAGUCCUGCUGAAAGAGAGAGGUUACUUCUAUGUAUGUGGAGAUAAGAAGCACAUGGCUGAUGGUGUAAGUGAUGCUGUAGUGGACAUUUUAAGCAUGGAAAUGGAGGCUGACAAAUUGGAAGCAAUGAAAUUCCUGGCCACUCUUCGAGAAGCAAAACGAUAUUUGCAGGAUGUAUGGAGCUAAAUAUUUAGCAUUUCCUAUGCUUUUGUAACACUGAAGAGUUUGUUUCACACAUGCUUUUGACUAAAAGCUAUUGUCAAAAGUGCUGUCUGUAGUCACCCAAAUCUUAAUUUUCUCCAUUGACCUUUCAAGCAGGAAGAUAAACAUGUUUGAAAUGGCAGGAAACCAGGCUGCCUUUGGAAUUGUAUGGUGAUUUUUAACAAUGUUGCAUCAUGGAUUGUCUCAGUGCCUUGAUUCCCUCAUUU